AUGCCGAAAAAGAACCAACGCGUAUCCGUUGAUACCAGCAAGAUUAAAUUCGUUGAGAACUCCGAGUCGGAGGAUUUAGAAUUUGAGGAUGGGAAUGAAAGCGAUGUUGGAAAUGUCAGCUCCAGCGAUGACAUCCUGAGUGACGAGGGGGAUGAUCAGUCCUCGCUUGGAACGAUCAGUAAAAAAAAAAAGAAAAAGAAAGUAGCGGCCCAUGAGGAGAAUGACGAGGAGGAAGACGAAGAGGAGGAGGAGGACGCUCCUGAUGGUGGUGACUAUACCGACAGUGAUGAGGACGACCACGACCACCGCGACAACCAGCGCGGUGACGAAUUCGUGCGCGUGCCAUGGAAAAAGGAUAAACAGAAUUACUACCAGUACGAAAGCGAAGACUCAACGAGCGAUGAUGAAGAAGGCAACAAGGAGAGAAUCAAAGAAGCCAUGUACCUCAGCAGAAAGGAGAAGGAAAACUUAAAAGAGGAUGACUUUGAUUUGUAUGAAAUGUACCAGGACGAUAAGGAGGGCAAGUUGGGAAAAGGCGGCAAAGAAUUGUACAGCGUAGAGCAGAAGGAAAGCAUCAUCAAAAGGCUAAUCAGCGAUAUGGGCGCGGACCUGAGGGGGAAAAAAAAACAAGUCGGUGAAGAAAACGCCGGUAAAGGAACUACUGGCAAAGAAUAUGCGGGCAAAGAAAAGGACCCCGUUGAACUGCCCAAGCAAGAUGACCAAAUAGAACAGCUCGUAAUGAGCGAGCGGGAGGAGUACAAAAUUUUGCUAAAGGAACUCUCCCUGAACAUCCAAAAGGUGUAUAACGAAAUUAAGGAAAAUAAGCGGCUCUUCGAAUUUAAGGAAAUUAACGAAGAGAACGUUAGCCAAACAGAUAUCAAUAAGAACACCCUCCUCUACCUUAAGAAGAAAAACGAAAUGAUGCUGACUUAUAUCAUCUACAUCACGUACUACGUCUUUCUUAAAAUUAUGAAUGCCUAUACGCACAACCACCCCGUUUUGGAUAAGCUCAUUUACAUGAACACCAUAAUUGCUAAGACCAAUGAGCUGGAUAAUAAAAUAAAGUUCAAAAUUCAGCAGCUGAAUAAGUCUUCCUCGGGUCGCCAGCUGGGCGAGAUGGGUAGCGGCGAGGCCAGGGCCUCCAAGCGGGUCGGCCGCCGCAGCCCGGCAGGGGAUGAAGUGGGAAGUGAAGAAGAGGAGGAAGAGGAAGAAGAAGUGGAGGAGGAAGAGGAGGAAAACGAUGAGGAGGAGGAAGACGAAGAGGAGGACGAAGCAGAUGAGGAGGAAGAAGCGGAAGAGGAGGAGGAAGAGGAAGAGGAGGACCAACGCGGCAAGGGCAAAAGGUACAAAAUCAGCAAGAGCCUCAUAACCGAGUACACGGACAGCCACAUCCGGGAAAGGGAAAGGGAGGAAAAGAAAAAAAAAAGAGAAAAAAUGAAGAACGAGCGAAACGUAUUCCUCAAGGAAAUAAAAGACAUGGUGUCCACAAGGCCAGAAAAAAUCGAAGAAGAAAAUUACUUCAAAAAAAUGGAGGAAAAAUUAAUGAACUUUGACGAAAAAAUCUUGAAGAAAAAAAUCAAAGCCAUGAGCAAGAAGAAAAACAAAAUGAGCAAUUUGAAAAACGUGGGAAUGACGUCAAACGAUUUGCUAAAGUUUGUGGAGUUGCCAGAGAUGAAUGACGAAGCGGAUAGGAAGACCCACUUGGACGAAACAAAAAUGUUUAGGAAUAACAUUAACAAGAUGAAGCAAAUGAAUCAGAUGAAGAAAAUGAAGCACAGCAAAGGAGCAAACAACGACGACUUCGUUUCCUUUAAGAAGUUUGAAAAGGAUACAAAAUGGAGCAGCUCGCGUCAGAAGGAGGAGCUCGGCAAAUCCACCCAUUUUAUGAGCAGCAAAAAUUUACAAAACGAAAUAGACGACGAAAAUAUUAAAAAUAUGCUGAACUUGAAAAAGAAGAAAAAGGAAGAAAAAAAAUUACUCAAGGAUCAGAAGAACAAAGAAAUAAGAAAAAAAUUAGUCGAUGAAGAAAACGAAAUUAACGAUAGAAGAAUGCCGAACAAAAAUAUUUUGCAAAACAGGGGCCUCGUAAGGAAGAGAAAAUCAACCGAUGGAAAUGCCAGGGUCCACAACAAACAAAAGUAUCUCAAAAAAAUGAAGAUGUACAGCGGCCAGCACGCCAAAUUGAAGGUCCACGAAAAUAACUAUUCAGGCGAGAAGAGGGGAAUAAACCCCUACCUGAAGAAGUCCAUAGAUAUCAAAUGAUCGCGUGCCUGCAUGAAUGGGGAGGCCCAGUGCGCCGGCCCAAUACGCAGGCCAAAUGUGCAGGCCAAAUAUGAAGACGAUUCGGUCAGCCCGGCUGCCCCGCACACACCGUUAUACGGCGCGCCCAACGUGUUACCAACCGGAGGAAAAAUAUACGUUCAGCAGCUUCUCCCUUUUUUUUUUUUUUAAGCUGCUCGCAUGUGCAUGCCCAGUGUGCACACCCAUUUGUAACUUCCCCCCCGUGGGGAAAGCGUGAAAUUACCAUUCGCCCGCCGAAUGUCCUCAUAAAAGUUGGCCUU